UUUUUUGCCCGCUGUGUAAAGGAGUCCAAAGCGGGGAAAGAACACCAACUCCCAGACGACACCUGUUUACGUAAUGACGCCCCUCGGCGCUGCUAUCGCCGCUUAUCACCUUCUGUUUGCUAAGAAGCUAUCUACACGGGAAAGUGGGUGUAAUGGACAAACGGGGACACUAACCCGAGUGAAUUAAACGCACCGUGCGAAAUACCACCCCCACUUUAAACACCGCAACAAUGUUUGGCCGGUCACGGAGUUGGGUUGGAGGACAGGGGAAGACGAAAAACAUCCACUCCUUGGACCAUUUGAAGUAUAUGUACCAUGUCCUGACCAAAAACACCACAGUGACAGACCACAACCGAAAUCUUCUCGUGGAGACUAUCCGCUCCAUCACAGAGAUCCUCAUCUGGGGGGACCAGAAUGACAGCUCUGUGUUUGACUUCUUCCUGGAGAAGAACAUGUUUGCCUUCUUCCUGAACAUCCUGCGUCAGAAGUCGGGACGCUACGUGUGUGUCCAGCUCCUCCAGACCCUCAACAUACUGUUUGAGAACAUCAGCCACGAGACUUCCCUUUAUUACCUGUUGUCGAACAACCACGUGAACUCCAUCAUCGUCCACAAGUUUGACUUCUCGGACGAGGAGAUCAUGGCCUACUAUAUCUCCUUCCUUAAGACCCUGUCACUCAAACUCAACAACCAUACCGUGCACUUCUUCUACAAUGAGCACACUAAUGACUUUGCCCUGUACACCGAGGCCAUUAAGUUUUUCAACCACCCUGAAAGCAUGGUCCGCAUCGCAGUCCGCACCAUCACACUCAACGUCUACAAAGUUUCAUUGGACAACCAACACAUGCUGCACUACAUACGAGAUAAGACAGCAGUCCCAUAUUUCAGCAACUUGGUCUGGUUUAUUGGGAGCCAUGUUAUCGAACUGGACAAGUGUGUGCAGACAGAUGAAGAACAUAAGAACAGAGGGAAAUUAAGUGACCUGGUAGCAGAGCACCUUGACCAUCUCCAUUACCUGAACGACAUCCUCAUAAUCAACUGUGAAUUCCUUAAUGAUGUUUUGACUGACCACCUCCUCAACCGUUUGUUCCUGCCCCUCUAUGUCUACUCUCUGGUUAGCCCCGAGACGUCUGAAGACCGAAAGAUCAACCCUCAGGUCUCCCUCUACCUGCUGUCGCAAGUUUUUCUGAUCAUCCACUAUCAGCCAAUGGUCAACGCCCUGGCCAAUGUUAUUCUCAACGGAGACCUGUCUGUCUUCAGCGCUCAGACCGAUAAACACAGCACACACAAGAACACGGCCAGUGCAGGAGGGGUGCGUCGCUUCACUAAACCCCCUGAGUCUCUGGAACGCUCUCUGGAGCUGUCGCGCCACCGUGGCCGCAAGAGAACUCAAAAGAGGCCAAACUACAAGAACCUGGGCGAGGAGGAGGAUGACGAAAGGGCUGGGGGAGGGGGAGGAGGCAGCGGAGUAGGAGGAGGAGAGGAGGGCUGGGACGACGAUGGAGGCAGAGGAGGCGAGAGGGAGGGAGGCCGAGAGAGGGAGAAGGGAAAAGGUACAGAGGGAUUAGGAGGAGGAGGAGGUGGGAGUUCUAAGGGAAGCAGAGCGAGUGGGGAGACGGCGGAAGAGAUAGAGAUGGUGGUGAUGGAGAAGUGCAAGGUGUCAGAGCUGACGGAGCAGAACAUCACUGAUGAAGAGAAGACUGCUGCAGCCACCCGCACACACACACAGAGGAGCAGGCCAUUCUUAGACAUGGUGUACAGUGCCCUUGACUGCACCAUCGAUGACUACCACGCCUUGUUUGUCCUUUGUCUGCUUUACGCCGUCUCACACAGCAAAGGUAUAAACCGAGAUCUUCUGGAGCGUCUGCAGUUGCCAGUUCCUGAUCAGGAGAGGAGCUCCUACAGCCUGGUGCUGGCUGAGAGAUUGAUCAGAGUUAUGAGCCAGGCAGCACAGCCAGAUGGCAAAGUGCGUCUAGCGACCCUGGAGCUGAGCUGCCUUUUGUUGAAGCAGUCUGUGCUGUCUGGAAACAGCUGUAUAAUCAAAGACGUUCAUCUGGCCUGCAUGGAGGGUGCAAGAGAAGAAAGUCUCCAUUUACUGCGGGGGUUCUACAAGGGCGAGGAGAUCUUUCUGGACAUGUUUGAAGACGAAUACAGGAGCAUGACGAGUAAACCGCUGAAUGUGGAGUAUCUAAUGAUGGAUGCCUCAGUGCUGCUGCCACCCACCGGGACCCCUCUGACAGGCAUCGACUUCGUCAAGAGACUCCCCUGUGGAGAUGUGGAGAAGACACGCAGGGCAAUCCGUGUGUUCUUCAUGUUGCGGUCCUUAUCGCUCCAGCUUCAGGGAGAACCUGAGACACAGCUGCCUCUGACCAGACCUGAAGACCUUAUCAAGACAGAUGAUGUCUUAGACCUCAAUAACAGUGACCUCAUAGCCUGCAUGGUGGUCAGUAAAGACGGCGGCCAGGCCCAGAGGUUCCUCGCUGUAGAUGUGUACCAGAUGAGUCUGGUCGAACCAGAAACCAAACGCCUCGGAUGGGGUGUAGUCAAGUUCGCCGGCCUUCUCCAAGACAUGCAGGUGUCUGGCGUUGAGGACGACAGCAGAGCAUUGAACAUCGUCAUCCAUAAGCCCAGCUCAAACCCCCACGCCAAGCCCCUGCCCAUCCUGCAAGCCAACUUCAUCUUUGCUGACCAUAUCCGCUGCAUCAUCGCCAAGCAGCGGCUGGCCAAGGGUCGCAUCCAGGCCAGACGCAUGAAGAUGCAGAGGAUUGCAGCUCUUUUGGACCUGCCUGUGCAGCCCAGUGCGACAGAGGUGUUGGGUUUCGGCCAGACGGCCAACGCUUCACCCAGCGGCCUGCCUUUCAGAUUCUACGAGCAAUCGAGAAGGGCGCCCAAUGACCCCACAGCAAACCGAUCGGUCUUCACCUCCGUUGAUAAAGUACCAGGUUUCGCAGUGGCUCACUGUGUGUCACAGCACAGUCCCUCGCCACUUUCCUCCCCUUCACCUCCCUCCAGUGGGAGUGGGAGCACAGGAAGAUGUGACUCUGUUACUGCGAGCACUAUAUCAGCUCAGAGCCCCACAGAUGAUGGUACAUUUUUGGAGCACACCCCGCCCUCCUCCUCGGGCGGAGAAGGGGAAGGAGGAAGUGGAGAAGUAAACCUAGUCUCCUCUACUCUAUCGGCCUCAGUCACUGCUCCAGCCCUGGCUCCAAGCCUCACCCCAGCAUCCCAGCCCACCAUCUCCCUCCUCACCGACAACAACGCAGAUACCCUGAGCGUGGAGUCGCUCACACUGCUGCCCCCCGCCGACUCGCCGCACCUGCACCCCUGCGCCAGCCACGUUCCCGUGACGCACACACUCCAGAGACCGGACACAUCCAUUGCAGAAGAGGAGGAGGAUGAAGAGAAAGAGGGGGAUAGGAAAGAAGAUGAGGAGCUGCAAGAUGAAGAAGGGUCGCCGACGGAUGAGACGGAGACGGAUGCAACAUUAAAAGAGGAAACUACGACGACAGAGUUGGUCACGCCCACUGAUGAGGUGCCAGAGGAGCCGGAAGGUGAAGACGCACCUUUAGAGGAGAAUAGAGACCAAGAGCUGCAAGAAGAGGACUCGACGGCUACAGAGUAUGCAGAGACACGCGCUGAUACACCAGACUCACCUGAGUUGGAUUAAUCAACACACACACACACAAACACAAACACAUUCAUGCACUUAAACUCGCCUCUCUCACACACAUGCUCGCACACACAGCGACAGGGUGAUAGUUAAACUAUCCAGCUUGACUGCAGUACGUUUUCUUGUUGCGACCUGCAGGUAGUGUGACGUGAAUAGUUCAAGGGGCUUUUGGAGGCAUCUCAGCAUUUGUGUUUGCACAUGAAGAAAGACUCUUUUUAUCCGCACAGACAGAGGACGAGACACACACUGGUCCAACUCGAGGAAGGCUUUAAAGCACAUUUGGGUUUUCUGUGAGCUCGAGUGUGUCCCGUCGUGUUUUUAGCAAGCGUGUGUAGAGGCGCGCAACCAGCAACGUUUUAUACUCAUUCUGUCUGUCAGCUCAAAGACACACACACACACACACACACCACAUGUUGCUGCUGUGAGCUGUUUAUUCACUCUAUUUUUGUCUCACGUUCAUGUUACACUUCACUACUUAAGUUUUGUGGUGGUGGUCACUUCCAUGCUUGGCCUUUAACCACUCGCAUAUCAGAGUCCGUUAGCAGUUACUACCAACUACUGUCUGUGUGUGUGUGUGUGUGUGUGUGUGUGUGUGUGUGUGUGUGUGUGUGUGUGUGUGUGUGUGUGUGUGUGUGUGCUCAGAUGAUUCAGCUACCACGGGUGUGUUUGUUCUACAGUUUGUUUAGUUCUUGCUCAUUCUUCUGUCAAGAGAGGAUCCAUUUGUUUCCAAUUCAGUAAUCUGUGUCUACAAAAGAAAAUGUCUGAAAUAAUCUGCAGGUCUCACACUGUAAACGUUCACUGAUGUCAAAGUGUUGCCCUAGCUCACACCUAAUCAGUAAAAAAAAAAAACAUUUGGAUGUGAUUCAAAUUGAGGUGUGUGUGAAAGAUAUUUGGUUUCCAUCAUUAACGUUGAUCUCUUGAGCUGACGCGUCGGUUUAGGACGGGUGACUUGAACGCAGCGUAACAAAGCAGAGACGCAACAGUGAUCAACAAAUCUUUGACCUCGUUGGUUUGGCUUUUACUUUAAUUUCCAUUCCAGAUAAACUUCCUUCCCAAACACAUUCUGUAGUUGAUAACCUGCAGGGAUUAGAUCAUGUGUUGAUUCAGAGGUGACUCGCCAGCAAACCGGACUGACCGCGCCAUGACAACACUGGGUUGAAUGUAUCUGCUGGUUGCCCCUCAGGCACUGACCUGAGCUCAGUUUUUAGCCUCCUUGUAUUUGGAAAUGGCUUCGAAACGAUAAGUGCUCUCACUGGCUGCUGGGAGCAUCCUUUUUGUAAUUUGAUAAACAGGAUGUGGAGAACGAUCCUUCCCUUUUUUUUCCAACCCAUAAAAUCCCCAUUUUCUGCAGGAAAAGUAGGAGUAUAAUGCGGUUAAUUCCCAAAAGAAUCCCGAAAAUGGGGUGUAUGGAUCGGACGCACAGCCGCAUUUAAAAGCCCAGUAACACUGAUCAGAGGUCAGUGUCAAGGGGCAAACCCCCCCUCCUCCUUUAAUCAGCUGAAUAAAGCUUUACUACUGCAAUAAUGUUAAGAGCUAACCAAUGAGGGGAGAGAUGAAUGUAAAGGACAACUUGUCUCUCCAAACAGUGGUGUGAUUUGAUCGAUUUGAAUGGGAUUAGUGUGUUUUAUUUGUAACUAACAAAGCACAGUCACAGAUUCUUCUCCUGACCGCCUCGUCCUUUUUAAUCCUUUUAUUUACCCCUCCUCGCUCUCUUCUGUUUCCCGCCUUUGCUUUCCAGCUCUCGUCCUCCUCUUCUGUGCCAUUGUCAUACAGCUAAAGUCUUAACGCUCGAUCAUUCUUAAUUUUUAACUCUGUACAGUCAUCAACAAGUUUAUAAAGGAGAAAUUCAGAGCAAUACUCUUUUUUUGAGUCUAGUCUCUUAGUAUUUCCGUCUUGCUACUGUAAAUACAAUGGAUGAUAGUGAUGAUGAUGAUGAUGAUCACUGACGUGCUGAAGAGGCUUGGCAGAAUUGUGGAGCGGCUACCAAUGGUUCAAAGGAACCAUUGGCAACCUCUGUCCAAACACGCCAUGACAAGUUUCCAUUAUUUAGUCUCUGAUUGUAGUGUGUGUGUAUGUAAUAUGUUUGUAUGCUCUGUAAAUGCUUUUGGCUUUUGAACCUGUAAUUAUUGUUAAUGAACUGAAACAGAGGAAUAAAUAAAGAACUGCAAUAAAUUAUUCUACUUAACAACAGUGA